ACAUCGGCAGCACUGUUGUUUUGCGGUGGAAAAUAAAGUAGAUUCAUUCCAUAAAAUUGUAAAGAACCCUUGUUUUGAGGGCUAAUGCCAUUCCGAUUAGCUUUAACAAGAUGACCAUCUUUAAUCUGUACAUAUUCGACAAGUUCGGAACGCUCCUCCACUACGCAGAAUGGAAUCGCACCAAGAAAUCUGGAAUCACCCGCGAGGAGGAAGCCAAACUCACCUACGGAAUGCUCUUCUCCAUUAAGUCCUUUGUGAGCAAGAUAUCGCCACACGAUCCGCGGGAAGGGUUCCUUUACUAUAAGACCAAUCGCUACGCCCUACAUUAUCUGGAAACUCCCUCGGGAUUAAAAUUUGUUCUCAACACGGAUACGACGGCCAUCAAUGUGAAGGAGCUGCUGCAGCAACUGUAUGCCAAGGUGUGGGUGGAGUUCGUGGUGCGGGAUCCACUGUGGACGCCCGGUACAGUGGUCACCUCGGAGCUGUUUCAGUCCAAGCUCGAUGAGUUCGUCAGGCAGUCACCCAUCUUCGGCAUCCGCAAUAUCUAAGCAAAUAAAUAGCUUUAAGCUCACAUACUCCCAUUA